AUGUCGCGGGAAUCAUGUACCCCAUCACCUUGCUCAUCCCCAAGGCCCGGGGAGGGCGAGCGCAGUGUGCCAUGUACUUGCUCCUGGCUUUGUGUGCCACAGCACUGUACCUCACCGGGGAGCCCCUCGUGCCCACCGCCCGCAGCAUCACCUCCCACUUUGUGGCACUGCAGAUUGGGGUGCUGCUCAAGGGCACCUGCUACCUGGCUGAAGAGAUCUUCCACCUCCAAUCCAGGCACCAUGGCAGCUUCCGGAGGGCCCUGAGCGCCUGCUUCCCCCUGCGUUGGCAUGCACUCAUGCUGCUCAUCUGUGGCUCAGCCUACGUGGCUCUUCUCGAUGGAGAUGGGCAGCCGCUCAUCCUGCACCUCAGCCUGACCAGCCUGUGCCAGCUCCUCAUCCUCGCUCUGGGGCUCCACAAGCCCUCAGCAGUGGAAAUAUCUGAGAUGUCCGAGAGGUCCAAGCAGAACGUCGCUCAUGGGCUUGCCUGGUCUUAUUACAUUGGGUACCUAAAAAUAGUCCUGCCACGGGUGAAAAAGUCAAUGGAGGAAUUCAGCAGAGCCAACCCCAACGUGCUGGCAUACAGGGAGACCUGGAAGCUCCACAUCUUGGUCCCUCUGAGCUGUGAUGUCUAUGAUGACCUGGAGAAAGCUGACAGCAAUAUCAAGUACCUGACAGACCUCACUGAAACCACCCUGACCCGAGCUGGCACCAAGAAAAGGGUCUACAAGCACAGCCUCUACACAAUCAGGGAUGAAGACAAGAAGCUCUGGCACUGCGCAGUGGAGUAUGCCACCCCGCUGCAGUCCCUCUACGCCAUGUCCCAGGAUGAGUGUGCUGCCUUCAGCCGGGAGGACCGCCUGGAGCAGGCCAAGCUGUUCUACAGGACGUUGGAGGAGAUCCUGAAAAGCUCCAAGGAGUGCGUGGGUACCUACCGGCUCAUUGCGUACGAGGAGUCGGGCGAAGCAGAGAGCCACUUCUUGUCCAGAGAGAUCCUCUGGCACCUCCAGCAGCAGCAUCGUGAGGAGUACACCAUGUAUGAGGGGAACCAGCCACACAACCCAAACACGACCCUCAGCUCAACAGAGCUCAACCUCCAGAUAAGUCAGUCAGACCUGCCACAGCCUCUGCGAAGUGACGGCUUCUAA